AUGGUUACCAUCUGCCAUGAUGAGCUUGCCACCGCCGUGGCGGGCCUCCCAGGCACGCUAGACGAGCAGCUCGCAUCUACCAAGACUCAGGGCACGCUACCAGUCCUGGAUCUGCUGCGCUGCUACGGUUCCGUGCGCCAGGGGAUGCCGGAACUUGUCAAGGCUGGCCAGGUACCUGGGGUGACACAGAAGCUGGAAAAAGUUGUCGGCCAAAUACAUGGCACCUACGGGUGCCUGUCAGACCUGGUGCAGGACUCCGACAAGCCCGCCCUGAUCUUUCCCGAGAGCGGCCUUUCAGUAACUCACGCGAGCCUCAAGCGCUCGAUUCAGGACUUUCGACUCCCCAUGAGAAAAACCGGCAUCGAGAAUCCAGUUGUGGCUAUCGCCGUGCCUAAUAGCCCGUUGUUGGCGGCGACUUGUGUUAGUGUGGCGGCCCACUACGCCGCAGCUCCUAUCAACCCCGCCGUCGGCGCGGAGCAGUUCCGCGCCGAUGUAGAACAGGUCAAGGCCAGAUGCAUCAUCACCACUCCCGAGCUAGCGGAAAAGCUCAGUCUUACGGACAAAUGGAUUUCGGAGCGCAACAUCGAAAUCUUUUAUGUCGACUUUAGCCCCUCUAACACACUGGUCCUCACCCGGCCGGAUGGAACGCGGCUGCCGAACGAGAAUAUGCACUUCCAGCCAAAUAAGAGCUCCGACAUAUGUCUCCUGCUCUUCACCAGUGGAACGUCUGGAACGAAAAAGAUUGUUCCCCUAACCACUCAUCUGGUCAUAUUUGGCGCUGUAUUAGUUAUUGAUAGCUGGGGGCUAUCAUCUACCGAUAUCUGUUUGAACAUGAUGCCGCUCUUCCACAUCGGAGGACUCCUUCGAAACAUAUUUGCGCCUGUUCUGUCGGGUGGAGCGACUGUUUGCUGCUCCGCGUUUGAUCCAGGCAUGUUCUGGUCCGUAGUAAAAACGUCAUCGCCGACCUGGUACUACGCGUCUCCAACCAUGCACUCUCUUAUCCUCUCGUCCGCCCCGGAAAACCAUGGCGGCCGGUUUAGGCUUAUCUGCAAUGCCGCUGGCGGCCUGUUGCCUUCGCUGGCGCUGCAGCUGCAGGACAUGUUUAGCUGCACGGUCCUUCCUAGUUACGGCAUGACUGAAUGCAUGCCCAUCUCUACACCUCCUCUUACGUACCAACUCGACCGAACCGGAACCUCUGGAAUCGCCACAGGACCCGACCUCACGAUUCUCGAUGGAAAUGACAAGCCUCUACCGUCAAACUCCGUGGGGAGGGUUUCUGUAAGAGGGGAGCCGGUAUUCUAUGGGUACCUUCGGGAUAAUGGCGUCAUCGACAAGAGCGCCUUUACAAAGGAUGGCUGGUUUGAUACUGGCGACAUGGGCUACAUGGAUGGCGAGGGAUACCUCUACAUUACUGGCAGGAGUAAAGAGGUGAUCAACCGUGGUGGUGAAAUUAUCUCACCAUUUGAAGUGGAGAAUGCCAUUGUUGGCGCUGCGAAACAGCCCGACUCUCCCAUCUACGGGCGAGUCUCCGAAGCUCUCGCCCUGUCCGCCCAGCACGACGUGUUGCAAGAAGUCGUGGGUGUCGUCCUGGUGACGCCGCCCGGAAAGCCGAGAGUGGAUCUGAAAGGACUCCAGGAGGCCCUCAAAUCUUCUCUGCACCAGGCGAAAUGGCCCUCGGUCGUGGUCUACAUGGACGGCCUGCCGAAGCGCAACAACAAGGUGCUGCGGAUCAGGUUAGCCGAGCGCAUGUCCCUACCCACAUUUACCGACGAGACUUUGUACCGCGACCGGCAUUGGGAGGCUACGUGCCCGCCCGACGAGACCAGCCUAUCGGAGAAGAUCGAGGCCCAGAAGUGUUUGAUGGAGGAAGUUUCCGUCACCGUGGCGCUCAAGGAAUGCCUCCCACACGACACGCAACUGGACUUACACGUACACCCCAAUGCUCAGCAAGGUUGGCUCGAGGUUGUUGCAGCACCGGCCACCAACGCCGCUUCGCAGGACAUCAGCGCGAUUCGCGCCAAGGUCGAGAAGGAGUGGUUGCGCAAAGUCUCUGAAAGAAUUGACAACUAUCUCGUUCCCCACCGCAUCCACUGGUUCCCGAAACCUCUCCCGCGAGUCGCGGAGGAUCCGAUUCUCGUGGACACCCGCGAGGUGGAGAGGAUUCUCCAGGAUAUCCAAAAGAGGGACGCCGACGAGCUCCUCCACACAACCGAGGGCCGGGUCGUGGCCAAGUUCGCAGAGACGAUCCAGUGCGACGCGGCCACCAUCAAGCCGGAGCUCGACUUCUUCAGUCUGGGCGGUGACUCUCUCAAAGCGGGAAAGCUCAUCGCGGGGCUCCGCUCCGAGUUCAAUGUCGGCGUCCCCAUCAGCCUAGUUUUCAGCGAGGGCACGCCGAGGGCAAUCGCCAAGCACAUUGAUGAUUGCUGUUCCAAGGCUACGAGUGUCAUGUCGGAGAAGAAUGAGGCCCUGCCCGGCUGCGAGAAGACGUAUAGCUCCACUAGGCCGUGGCUUUUGCUCCUUCAGCUCGUCCCCAUGGUCUUGGUGUACCCCUUCCGCCGCGCCAUGCAGUGGACCUGGUUCAUGGUAGCUCUCAGCUUUACGCAGCCCUGGCCGACCCAAGACUGGAUCCUGGGUCGCUUGUUUAACCUUACUCUCUCCAUCGUCUUCGCGCAGGUCGUUACGAGAUUCAUCAUGCCCUGGGUCGGCAUCUUGGCGAAGUGGAUCAUCAUCGGUCGGUACAAGGAGGGUGUGUACCCCAUGUGGGGUCCCUAUCACACUCGAUGGUGGAUGGUGCAGAAGAUUGUCGAUGUCUCCGGCCCCGGCUGCUUCUCCUGGACAAGCUACACCAAGAUCAUCUACUAUCGCUUGAUGGGGGCCAAGAUUGGCAAGAAUGUGAGCAUGACUAAAAGGAACACGUCCAUGUAUCUGGGCAAAGUUGUCAUCGGCAAGAACUCGACCGUCGGCACUGCGUCCAUCGUUGCUCCCGGUACUGUGGUCCCCGACAACACAUGUAUCGGCGCCAACUCCUCUAGCUGGGAGCUUGCCGAUGCCUCGGAAGAGAACCGCGACCUCCUCCCCGGAUCCCGCCCCAAGGCUCACUGGCUACUGACGGUCCUAUUCACGGUCCCUCUUCAGUUCUUCUCGUGGAUUUUCACCCUCCUUCCCUGGGUUGCAGGUCUCCUGGGUCUUGUCAUCACAUCUCCGUCCGAGGCGGAGAAUGCCAUAUACGAGAUUCUUGUCUGGUUCGCCGACAAGGAACGAGUGGGCUUCCACUACCUCGCGCUUGUCCUCCGAUCCGCGCUCGGUCCCUUCAUCGCUUUUGGCUUCGCGGUCACGGUGCGAUGGAUCCUCGAUAAAUCUUUGGGCGAACUGAAGCCCGGACCGGUCAAGGGCCGCAGCCAGGUGGCCAUCUGGCGUGCCGAGCUGAUGAGGACCCUCAUGUCCAGCGGUAGACUUCACGAGAUGACGGAGAUGAUGGGACAGCACUACGAGGGUACAUCCAUUGCCGUCCGCCUUCUCGGAGGCAAGGUCGGCAAGCGCGUCUACUGGCCUGGCACCGGCCCUGCGGUAGGAGACUACCAUUUGUUCAACGUCGGCGACGAUGUCGUUUUCGGAUCCAGGAGCCACGUCAUCACGUCGGACGCCAUUGGGUCGGAGCAAGUCGUUAUUGGCAACGGGUCGAUGAUUGCGGAUCGCGUCACCCUCAUGGCAGGCGUCACCAUCGGAGACGGAACCACCAUGGGCUCCGGCGCUCUCACGAAGCGCAACAAGCGGUACGCCGCAGGGGGCACAUACGUAGGAUCCAAGAAUAGGGAUGCGGUGUGCCUCACCCUGACCCGGCAGAACUCGAUGGCCGAUCUCCUCAAAUCUAGCGGCACCUCGACGCCGACUAGCGGAAACAGCUCGGCCACGACUAGCGGCCUUUACCUCAACAAGGCUCCCUAUCGCGUCAUCGGGCCGCUGGCCAUCUUCUUCUACUCCAGCUUCCUCACCGUCGCCACACGUUUCUACUGGAACGUCCCUAGCAUCUCGUCCAUCCAGCUCGUCAACGUCCUCAUGCGCGAGGCACCCCACGUUAGCGGCAUCGAGACCAAGUUUCACUGGUCGGACCCCUUCAUCCUCCUGGGGUGGACCACGGCCUUCAUUGCCGUCCUUACGACGAUCCAGGCCUUGAUCGCACUCGCCAUCGUCAUUGCGAGUAAGUGGAUUCUCCUCGGUCGACGACAGCCCGGCAACUAUGACUGGGACAAGAGUUCAUACUGCCAGCGGUGGCAACUGUUCCUAGCCAUUGAGCGGCUGCGGCGCACCUGCUACCGAGGGUCGGGUAUCCUGGGUAUGCUGACAGGCACGCACUGGAUCGUCCUCUACUUCCGAGCCCUGGGGGCCAAGAUUGGCAAGGACUGCGCCCUCUUUGCCAACGGCAGCCCGAGCCUGUACUUUACGGAACCUGACCUCAUCACCUUGGGAGACCGUGUGGUGGUCGACGACGCCAGCAUCGUCGGGCACAUCAACACGCGUGGCCGCUUUGACCUCAACCGACUGUCUGUCGGUAACCGGUGCGUUCUGCGAAGCGGCAGCCGUCUGCUCUCUGGCGCGCAGAUGCUCGACGACUCGUGCCUCAUGGAGCAUACCCUUGUCAUGGGUGGGGAUGUCGUCACCGAAGGGGAGACGCUGCAAGGGUGGCCGGCUGAGGUGUUUAACGGCAGGCGCGUCAAGAACUUUUCGUAG